AUGUCGAGCCGCGGCAAGCGGGAGCGGGAGCGGGAGCGGGAGGCGCGGACGGCGCCGCGGAGUUCGGGCGGCGGUGGCUCGUCUUCAUCGUCGUCGCGGGGCUCGUCGCGGAGUCGCCGCGAGGGCGAGGCGGAGCGGUCGCGGGGGCGGCGCGAGGCGGAGCGAGGCCGGGAGCGGCGGGAGGCGGCGGAGCCCCUGCCCCUCCCGGUGGACCCCGCGCGCAUCAAGCGCGAGCCCGGCACCGGCACCGGCAGCGGGGCGGGCCCUGGCGGCGGUGGCCCGGUGCGCAUCAAGCGCGAGCGCGAGCCCGACGGCGACUCUGAGCCGGAGCCAGAGCCCAUAGUGCGCUAUGGCCGCUUUGACCCCGAGGACCAGCGGAGCCGGCACUGCCCCUACCUCGACACCAUCAACAAGAGCGUCCUGGAUUUUGAUUUUGAGAAGCUCUGCUCCAUCUCACUGUCGCAUAUCAAUGUCUACGCCUGCCUUGUGUGUGGGAAAUACUUCCAGGGCCGAGGGCUGAAGUCUCACGCCUACAUUCACAGCGUGCAGUUCAGCCACCAUGUCUUCCUCAACCUUCACACCCUCAAGUUUUACUGCCUCCCUGACAACUACGAGAUCAUUGACUCCUCGCUGGAGGACAUCACGUACGUGCUGAAACCUACCUUCACCAAGCAGCAGAUCACCAACCUGGACAAGCAGGCCAAGCUCUCGCGGGCAUACGAUGGCACCACAUAUCUCCCGGGCAUCGUGGGGCUCAACAAUAUCAAGGCCAAUGAUUACGCCAAUGCCGUGCUCCAGGCCCUCUCCAAUGUCCCACCACUGAGGAAUUAUUUCUUGGAAGAAGACAACUAUAAAAACAUCAAGCGCCCACCUGGGGACAUCAUGUUUCUGCUGGUACAGCGCUUUGGGGAGCUCAUGCGGAAGCUGUGGAACCCACGCAACUUCAAGGCCCACGUCUCCCCCCACGAAAUGCUGCAGGCUGUGGUGCUCUGCAGCAAGAAAAACUUCCAGAUCACCAAGCAGGGUGAUGGAGUUGACUUUCUCUCCUGGUUCUUGAAUGCCUUGCACUCAGCCCUAGGCGGCACGAAGAAGAAGAAGAAGACCAUCGUCACUGAUGUCUUCCAGGGCUCCAUGCGUAUCUUCACCAAAAAGCUGCCGCACCCGGAUCUGCCGGCUGAGGAGAAGGCGCAGUUACUGCAGAAUGCCGAGUACCAGGAGACCAUGGUUGAGUCCACCUUCAUGUACCUCACACUGGACCUGCCCACCGCCCCGCUCUACAAGGAUGAAAAGGAGCAGCUCAUCAUCCCCCAGGUCCCGCUCUUCAGCAUCCUGGCCAAAUUCAACGGUGUCACGGAGAAGGAAUAUAAAACCUACAAGGAGAAUUUCCUUAAGCGUUUUCAGCUCACCAAGCUGCCCCCCUACCUCAUCUUUUGCAUCAAGCGUUUCACCAAGAACAACUUCUUCGUGGAGAAAAACCCCACCAUCGUCAACUUCCCCAUCACCAACGUGGACCUACGGGAAUACCUGUCGGAGGAGGUGCAAGCUGUGCACACCAACACCACCUACGACCUCAUCGCCAACAUCGUGCACGACGGGAAACCCUCCGAAGGCUCCUACCGCAUCCACGUGCUGCACCAUGGCACGGGGAAGUGGUACGAGCUGCAGGACCUGCAGGUGACGGACAUCCUGCCCCAGAUGAUCACGCUCUCGGAGGCCUACAUCCAGAUCUGGAAGCGGCGCGAGGAGGAUGAGACAAACCAGCAAGGCGCCUGAGCCCUACCCUGACGGCCCUCCCCUCGCCUGGCACCUUCUCUGCGGGCUGGCGGCAGUGCCCGGGGGCACCUGCUCUCCCUCCUGCCCUCUGUGCUGCCUAGUAAAGGAUUCCUGGUGUAUUUUUUUUAAAAAAACGUUUUCUGCCA